AUGCUUCCAAUCUGGGCGCUGGCACUGCUGCUGGGAACAGCCGUCGGAAAGGAGCUCUGCUUCCAAAGACUCGGCUGCUUCAGUGACGAUGCCCCGUGGGCAGGGAUUGUGGAGAGACCCCUCAAGAUCUUGCCCUGGAGCCCCAAAAAGGUCAACACCCGCUUCCUCCUGUACACCAAUGAGAACCCAACCACCUAUCAAGAACUUGUCGCCGAUUCGUCAACUAUCGAGGCCUCCAAUUUCAAAACAGAUAGAAAAACCCGCUUCAUCAUUCAUGGAUUCAUAGACAAGGGCGAAGAAAGCUGGCUGGCCAACAUGUGCAAGAACAUGUUCCAGGUGGAAAGCGUGAACUGCAUUUGCGUGGAUUGGAAGAGUGGCUCCCACACAGGGUACACCCAGGCCUCACAGAACAUCCGGAUUGUGGGGGCAGAAGUGGCUUAUUUUAUCGAUGUCCUUCAGUCGGCCUUAAAUUACUCACUCUCCAACGUCCAUAUCAUUGGCCACAGCCUGGGCUCUCACGCCGCUGGGGAGGCGGGAAGGAGGACCAAUGGGACCGUUGCACGGAUCACAGGGUUGGACCCAGCUGAACCUUGCUUUGAGGGGACACCCGAACUAGUCCGACUGGACGCCAGCGAUGCCCAGUUUGUGGAUAUAAUUCACACAGAUGCUGCCCCCAUAAUCCCCAACAUGGGGUUUGGAACGAGCCAGAUUUCAGGACACCUGGAUUUCUUUCCCAAUGGAGGAAUACACAUGACCGGAUGCAAGAAGAACAUUCUCUCUCAGAUCGUGGACAUAGACGGGAUCUGGGAAGGCUCUCGUGACUUUGUUGCCUGUAACCAUCUGAGAAGCUACAAGUAUUACACUGAUAGCAUCCUCAACCCCGGAGGCUUUGCUGGAUACCCCUGUGGCUCGUACGAAGCUUUCACUGAGAACAAGUGCUUCCCCUGCCCAAGUGAAGGCUGCCCGCAGAUGGGUCACUACGCUGACAGAUUUCCUGGGAAGACAAAGGAAGUAGGCCAGACGUUUUACCUGAACACUGGUGACCUCGGCAGCUUUCCCCGUUGGAGGUACAAGGUGGUUGUCGUUCUGUCUGGAAAGAGGGUGAGAGGACACGUGCUAGUUUCUUUGUUUGGAGAUCAAGGGAACUCUAAGCAGUAUGAAGUUUUCAAGGGCGUUCUCCGACCAGACGCUAUUCUUGCCAAUGAAAUUGACUCAGAUGUGGAUGUUGGAGAUUUGCAGACGGUUAAAUUUGUUUGGUAUAACAAUAUCAUCAACCCAACUCUACCCAAAGUGGGUGCAUCCCAGAUCACAGUGGAAAGAAAUGAUGGAAAAACGUACAACUUCUGCAGCCAGUCCACUGUGAGGGAGAACGUGCUGCUCACCCUCACCCCGUGCUAGGGGCCUGCUCACAUGGGGCCCCUGGGUCUGACU